AUGCUUGUUCAAGCUACUCUCGUCGCACUGAGUGCGACCUUGGCUGCUGCCGUCAAGCCUCUUACCGUCCAGGGCAACUCUUUCGUUAACCCCAGUGGCGAGAGAUUCCAGAUUGUUGGUGUUGACUACCAGAUUGGUGGCAGCGCUGGUUACGACCCCAAGCACGGCAAGGACCCUCUUAGCGACGGCGAUGUGUGCAUGCGUGAUGCCGCCCUGCUUCAGCGCCUUGGCGCCAACGCCAUUCGCGUCUACAACCUGGACCCUAACCUGAACCACGAUGCUUGCGCCUCCAUUUUCAAUGCCGCUGGCAUGUACAUGAUCAUCGACGUCAACUCUCCCCUCGUCGGCGAGAGUAUCACCAGCUUCGAGCCCUGGACCAGCUACUACGCCGCCUACAUGAACCGCACCUUUGCCGUUGUUGAGGCUUUCAAGAGCUACCCCAACACCCUUGCCUUCUUCUCCGGCAACGAGGUCAUGAACAACGUCGAGACCGCCAAGGAUGUCCCCCCUUACCUGCGCGCCAUCACUCGUGACUUGAAGAACUACAUUUCCAAGCACUCCGACCGUACCAUCCCCGUCGGUUACUCCGCCGCCGACGUCCGCUCAAUUCUCGUCGACUCCUGGAACUACCUGCAGUGCGCCGAGAACGGUGACGAGAAGGACCCCAGCCGUGUCGACCUCUUCGGCCUCAACUCCUACUCGUGGUGCGGUGAUUCUGACUUCAAGAAGUCCACCUACGACCAACUCGUGUCCAGUCUGAAGGACACUUCCGUCCCCGUCUUCUUCUCCGAAUUUGGCUGCAACGAGGUUACCCCUCGUGUCUUCACUGAGAUCCAGUCCAUCUACGGCAGCGACAUGAACGGCCUCUUCUCUGGCGGCCUGGUCUACGAGUACAGCCAGGAGGCGAACAACUACGGCCUCGUCAAGGUCAACUCCGAUAAGUCUGUUCAGCUCUUGGUCGACUACGAGAACCUGGCCGCCCAGUACAAGAAGGUCGACUUCAAGACCCUCCAGGCCACCAAGGCUCCCACCAACGCCCCUAAGCCCCCCAAGUGCGACUCUUCUCUCAUCAAGGAGAAGGGCUUCAACAACAACUUCACCCUGCCCGUUGUUCCUCCCGGUGGCGACGAUCUGAUCAAGAACGGCAUCAAGAACAAGCCUUCUGGCAAGAUCAUCAGCAUCUCCGACUGGAAGGUCAAGUACAAGGUCCUCAGCUCUGACGGCAAGACCGAGCUCACCAACCUUGCCGUCUCCCCUCUUGCCGAUAGCGACACCAACACUCCUGGCACCAACACCGCCGGCUCCACCCAGGCCGCCACUGCCUCCGGCGCUGCCGCUACUGCUUCUUCCUCCAGCAACCCCGACAGCAAGAACGCUGGCGUCGCCCUCCGUCCCGCGUUCAUGGCCAUUGCCGCCCCUCUUCUUGCCCUUCUUUUCUUGUAA